AUGGAUUUGCAAAUUGCAAAGAAAACUCAAAGCCUCACCACACCUGAGGAGAUGAGGAACCAAACCAAGCUUGUGAUGCAGCCGUAUGCCUGGGAGGAGUAUCUGACUCCUGCUCCUUUCCCUAUAGUCAUCCUGGGAGAGCUGUGGUUCAAAUCCUGCAAUUUAGAUUCAGAUUUCUCCAUAAACAAGAACCCACCUAAAGAUGGCUACAAGUAUAUCAAAUACCCAGAGUCAUUUCGUGCCUGCCUCAUGCAGGUGUGUAACUUCAGUUGUUGGGUUUUCAAUGAGGCCCAUAAGAACAUGGAUGAGAUUAAGCUCCACACCAUGGAAGUUCCUGAUUACAUGAAGACAGCUGUAAAGAUCCUGUUCGAAGGCAAUGAUGUGGUUAUUGAAGCUCAGCUCCCUAAACAGCUGGCUAAGAUUCAUGAAGUUGCACAAGACUGUGUUCUGCUGGCCGAUUCAACAGAGACACAGGUCAUUGAUGCCAUCAACAUUAUACAAGAACUGCUGGAAGAAUCUGUAAAUGCUGUGUUUUUUUACAGCGAGAAGCUGGAUGAAAUCAAGAGGCAGCUGACUCCAAAACCACCAACGAUGUAUGUAGAAUUUAGCACCAUUUGUCAAAUGUUGGAUAAGGGUAUGGAUGCCAUGCUGAGAGUGAAGGCGCAGUGGGAGAAGAUACGGUGCUUUUUUAAGAUGGUGUCCAACAUUGUGAAACUUCACCUGAAACAAACCCUUAAAGAUUUUGUAUCCACAUCUGAGAAGACACAGACACUUUCCUACAACGCAAAGCUCUUCUCCAAAGAUCUGCUCUACAAUCAAGCCUUUCAAGCCACUAAUAUCGCCAACCUUGUCAACAUGAUCUCUACAACCUACACUGAGGUGUCCACCAAGUACCUCAUGGAUCGUGUCAGCUCUCUGAGAAAACUGAUGGUCAUGGACAAGGAAAAGGCAGAGUUUCAGUCUGAAGUUCAGCAUUUAAGGAACUCCUGUGAUGAGGCUCAGAAAGCCAUCUUUUAUUUUGUCCUCAAGAACAAGAAGGAGUUUGAAGAGAAGUGUCUUGCAAGACAGAAUAAGAUUGAUAAAGAGUUACUCGCCAUUCUCUCUGCUGCUGAAGAGAUAAAGAGCAUUCAAGCAGCUGUUCAAAGUGGAUUCACAGAAGAAGAUGAAGCAGCCUACGCCUGAGUGAAUAAACAAAAGUUCUUCUCUACAAUUAUAUCCAAUAAAGCUCCUAAAGUAUAAAACAAAUGCCUUACACUGUAAUUAGCACAGUGAUCG